GGGGACAGCAAGCAGUGGUCAGGGAAGGCUUCCUGGAGGAGGUGACAUCCUCACAGGCCUGAGCCCAGGAAGGCUGUGAGAAGGCGAACGGUCUUGCAUGGGGGGUUUUAGGUGCCCCCACUCCUGUGCCUCCAUUUACUAGCGGCUGCCGUGGAGGUAGUCCAAUGUGCUGGAGCUGCGCCAGAGCGGGGGUGGGGGCCGGCGCUGAGACGCGGUGCUAGCUGGAGGCGGUUCCUGUCCGGGGUGUGCGUCCGCGUGCAGUGUGCGCGCGUGUCUUGGCCGCGCGUGGCGGCGUGUGCGGCAGGGGCGGGCAGGCGGGCGACUCGGUGACGCGGCCCAAGCGCGGCGCCGAGCGGAGCGGGCGGAGCGGGCCGGCUGGGGCGGAGCGGAGUCGUCCGCAGAGCAGCCCCUCCCGGCCGCGGCCGCCGACCCCGGACCCCGGCCCCCGGCCAGGCUCUAUGGACAGGAGCUCGCUGCUGCAGCUCAUCCAGGAGCAGCAGCUGGACCCCGAGAACACAGGCUUCAUCGGUGCAGACACCUUCGCUGGCCUGGUGCACAGCCAUGAGCUGCCCCUGGACCCGGCCAAGCUGGACAUGCUGGUGGCCCUGGCUCAGAGCAACGAGCAGGGCCAGGUCUGCUACCAGGAGCUGGUGGACCUGAUCAGCAGCAAGCGCUCCAGCAGUUUCAAGCGGGCCAUUGCUAAUGGACAGCGGGCACUGCCCCGGGACGGGCUGCUGGACGAGCCAGGCCUAGGUGUCUACAAGCGGUUUGUGCGUUACGUGGCCUAUGAGAUCCUGCCUUGUGAGGUGGACCGCCGCUGGUACUUCUACCGUCACCGCAGCUGCCCACCCCCCGUGUUCAUGGCCUCGGUCACCCUUGCCCAGAUCAUCGUGUUCCUGUGCUACGGGGCCCGCCUCAACAAGUGGGUGCUGCAGACCUACCACCCUGAGUACAUGAAGAGCCCCCUCGUGUACCACCCCGGGCACCGCGCCCGCGCCUGGCGCUUCCUCACCUACAUGUUCAUGCACGUUGGGCUGGAGCAGCUGGGGUUCAACGCCCUCCUGCAGCUGAUGAUCGGGGUGCCUCUGGAGAUGGUGCACGGCCUGCUCCGCAUCAGCCUGCUCUACCUGGCAGGCGUGCUGGCAGGCUCCCUAACCGUCUCCAUCACCGACAUGCGGGCCCCGGUGGUGGGAGGCUCCGGCGGGGUCUACGCCCUGUGCUCGGCACACCUGGCCAACGUUGUCAUGGUAACGGGCCUGCCCGGUGGGGGGCGUGGGGAGGGGCCCCAGGUGAGCCUCACCGCUUCUCGUCUGCACACCCCCAUAGAACUGGGCUGGGAUGAGAUGUCCCUACAAGUUGCUGAGGAUGGUGCUGGCCUUGGUGUGCAUGAGCUCCGAGGUGGGCCGGGCCGUGUGGCUGCGCUUCUCCCCGCCGCUGCCCGCCUCGGGCCCACAGCCCAGCUUCAUGGCGCACCUGGCAGGAGCGGUGGUGGGGGUGAGCAUGGGCCUGACCAUCCUGCGGAGUUACGAGGAGCGCCUGCGGGACCAGUGCGGCUGGUGGGUGGUGCUGCUGGCCUACGGCACCUUCCUGCUCUUCGCCGUCUUCUGGAACGUCUUCGCCUACGACCUGCUGGGCGCCCACAUCCCCCCACCGCCCUGACCGGCUACCUGAGGCUGCACAGGCCAGGGCUCGGGCAUGUGGUGGCCGCCCACCUGGGGCCUUCACGUCUGCCCUUUGUGAACGGACGUCUCAGGGCUGCUGUGCCCCUUGGGUGUGGGUGGCCUCAAAGGAGACCCUGUUCCAGCCACCCCCCUACCCCCAGGACUUGCCGUCUGAGCCUUUUUGGAUAAUUAAUAAAUAUUUUACACAGCACCAGGGGC